AACGUAACCAGAUUUUAGUAAAAACUUCUAACACUUUCUGAAGACAUUAAACUUCUAAAGCAGCGUUCUGCCCGAGAGUCUGCAGUGUGACAUCUCCUUAUUUAACUAUCCUUACAGAUUGUUCCAAAAUAUUCCUACCGCUUCAAGCUAGGAGAUUGAAUGUAUUCACGCUCCAUGACAAAUGUUUUCUCAUUUGCAAUGAUGAAUGGCUAUUAAUACACUAUCAACUCUUUUUCUUAGCAAUUACUGACCCCCUCUUGGGAUAAAAAAAAUGCCAAAACCUGUAAUCAGCUGUGCGGCUUCAACGCAGCGAACCAACUUCCGUACAAAUUAUAAAUCGCUCAUUCCAGUUUGUGCCGUCAUCAAUCUUUGCCUCAACGCAACGUGGUGGUUUGCUCACCUAUCCCAAUUCACGCGCGUGCCAUGGCGAAGAUUCAAAAAAUUAAACUCCCAGCUCACACGCUCCGAUCAGUUGACAACGGAGCCCACUCUCGCAAACAUGUUUACGGCGAAGUCUUCUGCGCUUCUCCUGUUCCUCGGUACCGUAGUAGUUGAGGCAAUCACGUUGCUGCCAUGCGAGAUCCCUAAUGAAGACGCGAUCGGUUACUGCAUUCCAACGUACGGAUGCACAGCCUACCAGAAGUUGAUCGCUACCGGACCUUUGGACUACGAACAGCAAGAGUUUGUUAACCAACUAAAUUGCUCCCGGACGGGAGUUUGCUGCCCACCGAGGGCCAACGUUUAUCAGAAUCCUCGAAUAGAGUUACCAAAGUUAGACAAAGAUUUGAUCGCAAAUUGUGGUGCGGACACCACCGAGGACCGGAUCUUUGGAGGACAAGUUACUACCAUCGACGAAUUCCCAUGGUUGGCGUUGUUGUUCUACGAGUCGAUGCAAACCGGAAUGUUGCACCCGUCGUGUGGAGGGGCAUUGGUGGCGAAACGCUGGGUACUCACGGCUGCCCAUUGUGUUACGGGGAAGAGUUAUACGAACUUGGGACCACUCAAAUUUGUCCGACUGGGAGAGCACAAUUUGGAUACGGAAGUGGACUGUGAUUUGAACGAAGACUGCAAUGAAAAGGCACUCGAUAUUGAAGUAGAGAAAGCUAUCCCCCAUCCGGACUAUGAUAGUAAAAGCUGGGAUCGAUACAACGAUGUGGCGUUGGUCAAACUGGCCAAUGAUGCUCCGUUCACAGACUUCAUUCGACACAUUUGUUUGCCAGGCUACUACAAUUUAACGGAACAGUUGAGCAAGGAAAACAUGAAGUAUGUGGCGGCUGGCUGGGGACGAACGGAUUUCUACAACACCAGCACCAGCGUGCCGAGUAAACUAAAGCUAAAAGUCAGUCUACCGCACGUCGAUCAGGAACGCUGCCGGACAGUCUACGCGGAGCAUACGAUUCGCAUAGCCGAUAGCCAAAUCUGCGCCGGCGGUCAGAAGGCGCACGACACCUGCCGGGGGGACAGCGGUUCCCCGUUGAUGUACUACAACCGGCAGCAUGCCCGUUGGUUUGCCUACGGCAUCGUCAGCCGGGGUCCGUCCCAGUGCGGCACCGAAGGGGUUCCCAGUAUUUAUACGAAUAUUUUCAAAUAUGGGGACUGGGUCAGGAGAACAAUUGCAAGUAAUUGAGCAGGAGGAAAGCAGGGAUGUUGUUAUUAAGAGAUUGAAGUAAAAUGGGAAUAACAAAAUGAAGCAUAAAGAUGUUUCUGUUGUUAAUCCUUUCGGGACAAGA